AAAAAUUAUAAUUCUUUAUUAAAAUUUAUAAAAAUUAAUGAUUUUCUUGUAAAACUGUAAAAAAUGACUGAAGAGUUCGAUAUAUUUAAAAAUUUUGACGAGUUGAGAAAAACAAAUUUAUUGGAUCAACUCAAAUCUCUGGAGUCUGCAAAAUCUCUGGAGUCUGCCAAUGACAGUCUGGGUUUAGAUAAUGAUGACUUUGAUUUUGAAUCCCUAGUAAAUAACAAUACUGUUAAAAAGAGUCCUUCGAAAAGACAGGGUCUCAAAGAGAAAACUACAACACCAGAGAAGAAAUAUAAGAAAAAUGCAAAAUCACGAAGAAGUUCGACAUCGACAGAUGGUUCCAUAUCGCCUACAAUGCCAUUGUUAGAUAACUUAUGCAAAAAGGCAAAUGAGCCGGUUGGUCGAAGAACGAGGAGGUCUUUGGAAAUGUGUAAAAAAGUUGUAGAAACAGACACAAUAUUAGAAAAUAUUGAACCAACUUCAUCCAAAGGCAGAGGACGAGGUAAAGGAAGAGGCAGAGGUCGCGGUCGUGGCAGGGGCCGAGCCAGUAAAAAUUUGUCUGCCAACAUCACUCAAGAUCUACAAAAUAACUCUUCAGAUGAAGACACUUCCUCAAAUGAAGUGUCCACACAUGAACAGGAGUCUGAUCAAGCCAGCUCCACAUUAAACAUCAUGGAACGUUUUUUACAACAGGGUCGUCCUGGACGUUCACGUGUCAUGCGUGCCCGUCGUCAGUAUGUAGCCGAACUUGCAGCUCGCAGUACUCAAGUUGAUUUCAUAGACUUAGUUUCCAGUCCUAUGCCCCGUGUUGAAGGCUUUAUUGAAUUGGACUCCGACAUAGAAGAAGCUACACGGACAACACGUAGUAAAAGGAAAAAUCAAGAAAAAUUUACUAUUAAUUCAAGUGAAAACAAGGGCUCCACAAAUGCUUCAUUGGACAUAUCAUUUGAUGAGGACAAUCCCGAGCUCAAUAUCAAGGUUAAUUGGAAGGGCAAACCAGAGCCAUUUAAAUUGCGCAAAUAUCAAAAGUUUUCUAUUAUUUUCAAACAACUUGCGGAACGUGAAAAUAUCAGUACUGAGAGUAUAGUUUUCAAUCUCGAUGAUCGCAUUAUAAUGGCAGAUGAUACGCCCGAUUCGAUUAAUUACAAAAUUUUUCAGUUUAUUGAUGGUCGAGUGCUGUCGAAUCGCUUCAAUUCACCAAAGGCUGCUGGGGCAGUCGCAAAAAGACGUGAUGCAAACAAAAUCACUCUUAAAAUCCAGUCGGAUCAAUGGAAGCGUCCCUUGCAAAUAGACAUUAUGAAAACUGACAAAUUUCGCAUUUUAUAUAUAAAGUGUGCGGAAGAAUUGAAAGUUGGUUUAGAUCAAUUGAAAUUAAGUUUUGAUGGAGAGUUAUUAGAACUGAACGAUACUCCUACGGAUCUUGAUUUAGAAGGUGGCGAAGCAAUUGAUUUGCGUAUUAAAAACUAAUUAAUUAUGUUUGUUUAAUUGUAGUCAAUAAAAUCAUUUUUAAUUUAAUAUGUCAACAAA